AUGUCCGCUUCAGCUGCAGACGGAGCAGGCGCCCACCUCCAGCGCACCGACGGUCAAACUGCGCACAGUAACCACACAGCAGAGACACCGAACGGGACCCACGACUCUUCCUCGACAAUAGCUUCGGCAGGAACGACUCACUCUGCUUCGUCGUCGUAUAGCACCAGCGGGAUGGUUAGCGAGAGAAAGGGCCAUGAGGCGUCUAUUGCUGCGGUUGUGGUUGUGGAUGGGAAGAUGUAUAGUGCGGGAAAGGACAAGAUCAUUCAGGAAUGGGAUGGAGAGACAUUUGAACCCCUCCGCGCGCUCAAAGGCCACGACCGCUGGAUACGCGCCCUCGCCGCAGGGCACCAGCAACUCUUCAGCGGCUCCUGGGACGAAACAAUUCGAAUCUGGUCCCUCGAAUCCGGCGAAUGUACGCACAUCCUUCAAAGCGGGCCCACACAAGCACUUUACUACGACGAAAGCUCAGCGCGUCUCUAUUCCGGCGGCGCCGAGUCCGCGACCGUCUACGAAUGGGAUUCGAAAUCCGGCGCGCUGGUCGACGAACUCGACCCGGCUCCGCCUGAAGCUGACGCCAGGAGCAGGAGCAUGGACGGCGUGACGUGCAUGACGGGCGACGCAAUGCGGUUGUUUGUGGGCAUGACGAGUGGGAAUAUCGAGGUGUUUAGCGUUCAGACUGCGACAUGGGCGGGAACGUUCAGGGGUCAUGUGGCGGAGGUGACGGAUUUAACGGUGUGGAAGAGCAGCGAGUCGCACUCGACGCCUGAUGGCACUGGGAUCUUGUUUUCGAGCGGACAUGAUCAGGUGGUGCUGGAGUGGGCGAUUGGGACCAGCCAGCUGGUGCGACGAUUCGAGGGUCAUAAUUCCUACGUGUCGGCCUUGUGCGUCCUUCCCAUGUCCUCGACGGAUCUGCGAAUGAAAGCCCCGCCGCGAGGAAAAUCUGAGACAGCCUCAAUAGACGCAAACGGAGAUCCGAAGACAGAUCAGCCGGCAGAUCAUCACGAACCCGCUCCACCUCGCCACCGACACGAUUCCGUAAAGCCAAAGCUGGUCAGCGCCGGAUGGGACGGUGCCCUGAGACUGUGGGAUCUUCGCACGGGAAGUUUGGAAGGGUUUGUGGAACGUGGCCAUCGAUUGAGCAUCAACGCGGUUGUGCCCCUCGGCAGAAACCGCAUCAUGACCGCUGGUGCGGAUGGCUUGGUCAAGGUUUGGUCAUUAGAAACACUUCCAGCCCCUCCUCCGCAAUUCCGCGCUACUGCAUCGCCAGUUCAUGGUGCCUUCCAUUACCUGAUAUCCGACGAUUUGCCCUACACAUCGGACGCACAGACCUCCCAGUACUAUACGGCCCCUGAGCAACAAGGGGGCUAUGCACCUCAGGAUUUCCAGCAACAAGGCUACCAGCAGUACACUCGACAAUCACAGCAACAAAGGCCACAAUCCUAUCGUCCGAACGGAGUGAAUCAACAACUGCAAGCCCAACAACAACAACGUAGCUACAACAACCAACAACCCCCGCAAGCCCAACGCCGCCGCCGAGGCAGCCAAACCAGCAACCCCGGCAACGGCUCCUCCAACUCCUCAAAACCCUACAGAAACGGCGAACCAAUUCCCAUAAUGCCCAAUCCUUCCCCCGUCUUCCACAACCUUUACACCCCCUUCCAACCCGCGCCCUCCCAAUACCUCCCCGUGCAGUCAAUCAACCCAGCAGCCUACACCAUCCCCCCCCGCCCACCCCCAAUCCAAACAACCGCCCCAACCCGCGCCAUCUGCACCUUCUUCCUCCAAGGCCGUUGCCGAUACGGCGACGACUGCCGAUACGCCCAUGUAGCCCCUGCGCCCUCGCCCGGGCAAAUGUCGCCAGUGAGCCCGCAGCAGGGGAUGAUGAUGAUGAUGGUCGUCCCGCAGUCGCCGCACAUGAUCCAUCAGAGCCCGUUGACGCCUGGCGCGGCGAUGCAGGUCCCGACCAGUCCGAUUAUGGUACCAGGCGGACCGCCGUUGUCGCCGAUGCAGAAUCCGCAGGUGCCGCAUGCUUGGGCUUGGAGGUGA